UAAUCGAUUUUUUUUGCUGUCAUCCUUACAUAAAUCUAAUUCAGAAUACAAUGAUCGAGUAUUUGUUAACAUUUUAACAUUUAAUAACCACAGAUGGUUUUUAUAUUAUUUUUAAUGGCAAAAUGAGAGUUUUUAGUUUUUUUUAUAUAAAGUGGUCAUUUAGGUUUGGCUCUGAAUUAUUUCAAUAGCGCAUAUGAAUUGAAUUUGUUUUCUUUUAGACGUUUGCAAGAGGAAACACAACAUAAGAAGGAAAAAGUAAACUCUAGUAUCAAAACAAAAGAACAGGUUCAGUUAUGAAAAUUUUGACUUUCCUGCCAGUGGUAUUUGUUCUUUUAACACUCUUUUUAACGUGUGUUGAAUUACAUUCUUUGAGGAUUGGGCCGAAAGGGAAAAAAUGCAUUGAUAACUGCCAGUGUCCAAAUGGUACAGCUUGUUUGCCGGAAAGUAACGGGGUUGGUAGUGGGAAGAGAAGGAAAAUAUGUCUGCCUUGCUCAUGCAGGGAGAUGUCACAAUGUAGAAAACCUUCUAACGAAGUUAUAUGUGACUGUUCCAACUCGGGUUAUACAGGGAGUAACUGUGAAACUGAAAUUGGGACACCAUGCGGCAGUCAUGAAGCAUGUAAUGAAGGAGACACGUGUCCCGACGGAUGGAUUAAAUUCCAAUGCAGUUGCUAUAUGUAUGUCUCUACGGAAGUAGAUUGGCAAACUGCCAAAAGCGACUGCCAAUCUAAAGGUGCAUACCUUGUUGAGAUCACUACCAAAGCUGAAAGUGAUUUUAUUUAUUCAUU